CGUCUUCCGUUACGAAAUCACGUUGUUCAAAAUCAUCGAUUCGAAAUCCCUGUACCGCGUUAUUCAGAUGCGUCUCGUUCGCAAUGUGAUCUUCCUCUCUGUUCCCGUCGUUGUAUGAAAUAAACAAACAAACGAAAUAGAAUGUUUCGAACGCAGGCGUACGUUAAGUUUGAAUUCAAAUUUGAACCGCCGGAAAAUGGUCGACGGAAAAUGGCGCGCGCGACCGUUCCAACGUAUAACAGCGAGCAAAGCGGACACCUAUCGGCAGGAGGCGUUUCCAUCAAUGCGACGCUGAGACGUGCGCAAACGGGCUGCCGAGGCCCCUACUAAACCACUUCGAAUAUUCAUCGCCUACAAAGCGUAUGCUCGUGCCACUGUCGUUAGUACUGUUCACCGGGCCAAGAGCACGCUCCAAUCGUACACAGAUUGCCGGUACCCGUUGAAGAAAUGCACGAGCACGCGGCCACUGUUCUCGAUAACGCGAAAACGGCAUUCCUUUUGCUAGAGGAUGGCUCCGUUUUUCCGGGAAAACAUUUCGGUGCGGAAAAUCCGGUUGACGGUGAAGUAGUCUUUCAGACCGGUAUGAUGGGAUACCCGGAGUCGCUCACAGAUCCUUCCUACCACGCUCAAAUCCUUGUGCUCACGUAUCCACUGAUCGGCAAUUACGGCGUGUUCGGCAACGAGGUCGACGAGCAUAAAAUACCUUACUGGUUCGAGUCGCAUCGGAUAUGGGUAACUGGUCUGGUGGUCGGCGAAAUAUGCGAAACUCCGAGUCACUGGCGGCAGACGAAAACGUUGUCCCAAUGGAUGAAGGAACAAAAUGUGCCCGGCAUAUACGAAAUCGAUACCAGAGCUUUGACGAAAGUUAUUCGCGAGAAGGGCACGAUAUUGGGUAGAAUCGUUUUCGAUCCGCCAUCCACGAACCCAGCAACACCCCUGAAUCCUCCUAUAGCGGAUCCCAACAAGAGGAAUCUGGUGGCGGAAGUUGUUCAGCCCGAGAAGAAGACCUACAAUCCGGACGGUCAUCCUCGCGUGUGCGUGGUCGACUGCGGCCUCAAGUACAAUCAAAUAAGAUGCCUGCUCGGACGAGGGGCUCGCGUCGACGUGGUACCGUGGAAUUACGAUUUGAGGAAAGUCGAGUACGACGGUUUGUUUUUGAGCAACGGGCCGGGCGAUCCGAGCAUGUGCGAAAUCACGGUGAGAAAUAUUCGAUCGGUCCUCCAGUCACGGACGGUGACGCCGAUUUUCGGUAUAUGCCUGGGUCAUCAGUUGCUCUGCAUCGCCGCGGGUUGCGUUACGUAUAAGAUGAAUUACGGGAACCGUGGUCAUAAUCAGCCCGUCACGCACCACGGAACCGGACGUUGUUACAUGACUUCGCAAAAUCAUGGAUACGCGGUAGACGCCGGCAAAUUGCCGGACGGCUGGGAACCGCUCUUUACAAACGCUAAUGAUCAGAGCAACGAAGGAGUCUUGCAUUCGACUUUGCCGUACUUCACGGUUCAAUUCCAUCCGGAGCACACUGCCGGCCCCGAAGAUUUAGAAUGCCUGUUCGACGUGUUUCUGGACGCCGUCAAAGACGAAUCUUCGGGGAAACCGCGGGUCCCUAUCAGAGAGAGGUUGAAGAAGAAGUUAAGUCCCGAUCCGUUUCGUCCGAAUUUGUCGCGUCGUCCUAAGAAAGUGCUGAUCUUGGGCUCAGGCGGACUGAGCAUAGGUCAAGCGGGCGAAUUCGAUUACUCUGGAUCCCAGGCGAUCAAAGCGCUGCGGGAGGAAUGCAUACAAACGCUUCUAAUCAACCCGAACAUCGCGACCGUUCAGACGUCGAAAGGCAUGGCGGACAAGGUGUACUUUCUCCCGAUUAUACCGCAAUACGUGGAGGAGGUGAUACGAUCGGAGCGUCCCGAUGGUGUGCUCUUGACGUUCGGCGGACAAACCGCGCUCAACUGUGGCGUCGAGCUCGAGAAGAGCGGAGUAUUUGCCAAGUACAAUGUCAAGAUCCUGGGAACACCUAUACAAUCUAUCAUAGAAACAGAAGACAGGAAGAUCUUCGCCGAGCGCAUCGGUGAAAUCGGCGAGAAAGUCGCGCCAAGCGCUGCGGUCUAUUCGAUUCAAGAGGCACUGGAAGCCGCCGAGAAACUCGGUUACCCGGUGAUGGCUAGGGCAGCGUUCUCCCUCGGAGGUUUGGGAUCCGGAUUCGCGAAUUCGAAGGAAGAGCUGAAGAUACUGGCGCAACAGGCGUUCGCCCAUUCGAACCAAUUGAUCAUCGACAAGUCGUUGAAGGGUUGGAAAGAAGUCGAAUACGAGGUGGUCCGCGACGCUUACGACAAUUGCAUCACGGUCUGCAACAUGGAGAACGUCGAUCCCCUCGGGAUUCAUACCGGGGAAUCGAUCGUGGUCGCCCCGAGUCAAACGUUGUCCAACAAGGAGUACAACAUGCUCCGGACCACGGCGAUCAACGUGAUCAGGCAUUUCGGCGUCGUCGGGGAGUGUAAUAUCCAGUACGCGCUGAACCCGAACUCCGAGGAGUACUAUAUCAUAGAAGUGAACGCCAGACUGUCUCGAAGUUCGGCUCUAGCCAGCAAAGCGACCGGCUAUCCGCUCGCUUACGUAGCAGCCAAGCUAGCCCUCGACAUUCGGUUACCGGACAUCCAUAACUCCGUAACGGGGAAGACCACGGCAUGCUUCGAGCCGAGUCUCGACUAUUGCGUCGUGAAGAUACCGCGAUGGGAUCUCGGGAAGUUUCAUCGCGUCAGCACCAAGAUCGGUAGCUCGAUGAAGAGUGUAGGAGAAGUAAUGGCGAUUGGUCGGAAAUUCGAGGAAGCCUUCCAGAAAGCUUUAAGAAUGGUCGACGAGAACAUCAACGGGUUCGAUCCUUACGUGAAGACUCCCAACGACGAGGAGCUGGAGAAACCGACGGACAAGAGGAUGUUCGUCCUCGCCGCCUCCAUAAAGGCUGGCUACACGAUCGACAGGUUGUACGAGCUGACGAAGAUCGACCGUUGGUUCCUCUACAAGAUGAGGAACAUCAUCGACUAUUAUCUGGUAUUGGAGAACGUGGAUCACACGAAAUUAUCCCACGACGUUCUGCUGCGCGCGAAGCAGAUCGGCUUCUCGGACAAACAGAUCGCCGCGGUGGUGAAGAGCUCGGAGUUGGCGGUAAGAAUCCAAAGGCAGGAGAGCAAUAUACGGCCGAUGGUGAAGCAGAUAGACACGGUGGCGGCCGAGUGGCCCGCCACCACGAAUUAUUUAUACCUGACGUACAACGGGACCACGCACGACGUCGAGUUCUUCGGCGGUUACACGAUGGUGAUGGGUUCCGGUGUUUAUCGAAUCGGCAGCUCGGUGGAGUUCGAUUGGUGUGCGGUGAGCUGCCUGCGCGAACUACGGAAUCUAGGGAAGAAAACGAUCAUGGUCAACUAUAAUCCGGAAACCGUCAGCACCGACUACGACAUGAGCGACAGACUGUACUUCGAGGAGAUAUCCUUCGAAGUCGUGAUGGACAUUUACGACCACGAGAAUCCGGAAGGCAUUAUUCUAUCCAUGGGCGGGCAGCUGCCGAAUAACAUCGCUAUGGAUCUGCAUAGGCAGCAAGCGAGGAUUCUCGGUACCUCGCCCGAGUCUGUGGACGGCGCUGAGAAUCGGUUCAAGUUCUCUCGCAUGCUGGAUGGUAUCGGUAUAUCGCAACCUAGGUGGAAAGAACUGACCAAUUUGAAGUCGGCCAUCGAGUUCUGCGAGGAGGUCGGUUAUCCGUGCUUGGUGCGACCCUCGUACGUUCUGAGCGGAGCUGCGAUGAACGUGGCGCACUCGAAUCAGGACCUCGAGUCGUAUUUAAAGAGCGCGAGCGAGGUGAACAAGGAGCAUCCGGUGGUUAUUUCGAAGUUCAUCCUCGAGGCGAAGGAAAUAGACGUGGACGCGGUCGCCUAUGACGGAGUUAUCCUUUGCAUGGCCGUGUCGGAGCACGUGGAGAACGCCGGUGUCCAUUCCGGAGACGCUACAUUGGUCACUCCGCCGCAGGACAUCAACGCUCAGACGUUGGCGAAGAUUAAGACAAUCUCGAGAGCGAUUGCGGCGUCGCUCUGUGUCACGGGUCCCUUCAACAUGCAACUGAUCGCCAAGGACAACGAGUUGAAAGUGAUCGAGUGCAACGUCCGAGCCUCCAGAUCGUUCCCUUUCGUUUCGAAAACCUUGGACCACGAUUUCGUGGCUAUGGCCACUCGACUGAUCGUCGGAGAGUCCGUCGAUCCUGUGGACGUUCUCGCCGGAUGCGGCAAAGUCGGCGUUAAAGUGCCGCAGUUCUCAUUCUCGAGACUCGCAGGCGCUGACGUGAUGUUGGGUGUCGAGAUGGUUUCUACCGGUGAAGUGGCUUGUUUCGGUGACAAUCGGUUCGAAGCUUAUCUCAAGGGAAUGAUGAGCACUGGCUUUCACAUACCGCAGAAAGGAAUCUUACUCUCUAUCGGAAGUUUCAAGCAUAAAAUGGAAUUACUGCCAUCUAUUCGCUCCCUCCGUAAGAUGGGAUACAAAUUGUACGCGAGCAUGGGAACCGCAGAUUUUUACACCGAGCAUGGAGUCGAGGUUGAACCGGUGCAAUGGACCUUCGAAGAUAUCACCGUGAACGAAGAUUCCAGUCCGAGCGAGCUCCGGCAUCUAGCCGAUUUCCUCUCGAAGAAGCAGUUCGAUCUUAUAAUCAAUUUACCGAUACGGAACGGGGGUGUACGUCGCGUUUCCAAUUUCAUGACGCACGGAUAUCGUAUGAGGAGGUUGGCCAUCGAUUAUUCGGUUCCCCUGAUCACGGAUGUGAAAUGCGCGAAAUUGCUGGUCGAGGCCAUGAGAAUGCUGAACGGACACGCACCUCGCAUGACAACGCACACAGACUGCGUGUCUUCGCGGACGAUGAUUAAACUCCCUGGUUUUAUCGACGUCCACGUGCAUACGCGCGAUCCUGGCGCGAUUUACAAAGAGGAUUUCGCUUCGUGCACCGCCGCUGCGCUCGCCGGAGGCAUCACGAUGAUUUUCGCGAUGCCCAACACGAAUCCGGCGGUCGUCGAUCAUCAGUCCUUCGCGUUGGCCAAGGAGCGAGCCCAGAGCAACGCUAGAUGCGACUACGCGAUCUUCGUCGGCGCGUCCUCCGAGAAUUGUAACAUAGCGUCCGAAUUGGCACCUCUGGCGGCUGGAUUGAAAAUGUAUCUGAACGAAACGUUUACGACACUCCGAUUGACUGAUCUCUCCAUGUGGAUCAAGCAUUUCCAAAGCUGGCCGAAGAAAUACCCUCUCUGCGUGCACGCCGAGGGUCAAACGACAGCCGCGAUUCUCCUGUUGGCCGGUUUGCAUAAUCGACCCAUCCACGUGUGCCAUGUAGCUCGGAAGGAAGAGAUUCAAAUAAUUCGCGCCGCUAAGGACAAGGGUAUGGCUGUCACUUGCGAGGUGUGUCCUCACCACUUGUUCCUCUGCGAGGAUGACUUGGAGCGCAUUGGUCAUGGCCGAGGCCAAGUGAGACCGAUUCUAGGAACCAAAGAGGAUCAACAGGCAUUGUGGGAGAAUUUGGACGUGAUCGAUUGCUUCGCGACUGAUCACGCACCGCACACCGUACAAGAGAAGUCCAGCGAGAAACCACCACCAGGAUUUCCCGGCCUCGAGACCAUGCUUCCGCUGUUGCUCACCGCCGUUCACGAGGGAAAAUUAACGAUGGAGGAUGUGGUGAACAAACUCUACAAGAAUCCGAAAAGGAUCUUCAAUAUACCGGAUCAGCCGCACACCUACAUCGAAGUCGACCUCGAGGAUGAGUGGGUCAUCCCGGACGCAAUGCCCUUCAGCAAAUCGAAGUGGACACCGUUCGCCGGGAUGAAGGUUCGCGGUUCGGUUUACAGGGUAGUUCUAAGAGGGGAAGUCGCCUACGUCGAGGGACAGGUCCUGGUGAAUCCAGGUUUCGGGCAGGACAUAAGAGAGGUUCAAGCGAAGAUGAAGCAUCAAAGUCUGUCGAUCGCGCCGAUCAUCGACGUAACCAGUCGGCCGAGCUCGGCGCAGGACGGUCUGUUGUCUCCGAAUUAUGACAUAUUCCAUUACGAUACAUCGGAAGAGGAGCAAAAUGAGUAUCUGUCGCAAUCGACGUUGCCCAAGUCGAACGUUCACUUCGCCACCGAAGUGGAUUCCCGGGAACACCCGCGAACAUCGUCGAUACAACGGACCGUUUCGCCGCUCCCGAUAAGCAGCGCGAUGAAGUACAAGAGCGACAGCAACCCGAACGUGUUCGUGGCACCGCCGGUCCUCCCCGUCCACACCAGCCACAGCUUGAACGGGCACAACGUGCUGUCCGUGGAUAUAUUCAACAAGGAGAUCUUGAAGGAUCUGUUCAACGUCGCGGAGGGACAUCGCAACGCGAUCAGAAAGGAGCGACCGUUGAAUCACAUACUACGAGGGAAGCUGAUGGCCUUGAUCUUUUAUGAAGCUAGCACGAGAACGUCUUGCAGUUUCGCGGCGGCAAUGCAACGUCUGGGCGGACGGGUGAUAUACAUGGACGGAUCCACGUCGUCUGUCAAGAAAGGGGAGACUCUGGAAGAUUCGGUGGCGGUGAUGGCUGGAUACGCUGACGUUAUAGUUCUCCGACAUCCCGAACCGGGCGCUGUAUCGAGGGCCGCGCAGCACUGUAGGAAGCCGAUGUUGAACGCCGGCGACGGAGUCGGUGAACAUCCCACGCAGGCGUUGCUCGACAUCUUCACCAUUCGGGACGAAAUCGGCACGGUGAACGGGCUCACGAUCACAAUGGUGGGCGAUCUGAAGCACGGCAGAACGGUGCACUCCCUCGCAAGGUUGUUGACUCUGUACAAUGUGGAGCUGCGUUACGUGUGCCCACCUGGCCUUGGCAUGCCUGACCACGUGGUGAAGUACGUGUCCGACCGCGGGAUCCCUCAGGAAAAGUUCUCCACCCUGGAGGACGCUCUUCCCGACACCGACGUCCUUUACAUGACUCGCAUUCAGAAGGAACGUUUCGCCACGCAGGAGGAAUAUCGACAGGUUUGUGGGCAUUUCGUGGUAACGCCGCAGAUAAUGUCUCGCGCGAAAAGAAAAAUGAUCGUUAUGCAUCCGUUGCCACGCGUGUUCGAGAUCAGUCCGGAUUUCGACAAGGAUCCACGAGCCGCUUACUUCCGGCAAGCCGAAAACGGUGUCUACGUGAGAAUGGCUCUGUUGGAGAUGGUCCUCAGACGUCCAUGAUACGUCCAAGGUUAACCCACAAUGUUUCAGGAGUAACUGCGAGAAGAUGGACAAAUAUUUUAUCAUGUUCCCAAUUGGUACGUGGUUCGAGUGGAAUAGAUUUUGUACUCGAGCGAAAGAAGCAACGAAACGGAACACGAACAUUCUCCGAUUGAAAUCCUGUUUUCUACGAGCGACCUUACGAUCACACUUGAAAUUUAUAUUUCUGAACGCCCGAAUCGUUUCUACGGAACAUUCCUCGCGUGACGAUGCAUUUAGACCAAACCUUUGUCCCCGCUUGAUAAGGGUGGACGACAUUCGGGUACCUUUAAUCCUCUGAACACAAAUGAAAAUAAAGAAACGAUCGAUGUGCCAAAUAAUAAAAUAUC